AUGGCGCCAGCAAGCCAAUCUACUUAUCAAAAAGACGAAAGAGCCCUCUGCUUUCAUCAUGAGAUUCUUUACGAGGCAAAGAUCCUCGACGUUAGGCACACCGAUGCCGAGGACAAGACAAGUCCGUUCGAGUAUCUAGUUCACUACAAGGGGUGGAAGAACACAUGGGACGACUGGGUGCCUCAAGAUCGACUCCGGAAAUUUACGGAUGAGAAUAGGGAGCUCGCAACUACGCUCCGUCGUGAGGCAGAGGCUGCUUUUCGUCAGAAGAGCACAAAGACUACGUUGAAGAGAAAAGCAGGCUCCGAUCGCGGCUCCGCCCGAGACAGCGAGGAGCGACAAACAUCAGUUCCUGGUCGCGCGACUAAGAGGGCCAGAGACAAUGAAAUUGAAAAGGAAGAACAUUUCUAUACACGGCCAUCCGUGAGGAUUGUAAUGCCGGACAAUUUGAAAUCCCUCCUCGUAGACGACUGGGAAAAUGUGACGAAAAAUCAGCAAGUUGUUGCUUUGCCGGCCAAAGCAUCAGUCAACCAGAUCUUGGAAGAUUUUAUAGCGGAAGAGAAGCCCAAGCGUACAAGCUCGGCUGACCUGGAUGUCCUCGAAGAAGUCAUCAUGGGGGCCCUCGAUAUCUACGGGGCCGAGCAUUUGACGAGACUUUUUGCAACUAUGCCGGAGCUCAUUGCGCAGACAAACAUGGAUCUCCAGUCCACCAACAGACUCCGGGAGGAGUUGUCGAAAUUCACGCUCUGGCUCAGCAAGAACUCUGACAAAUAUUUCGCCACGAGGUACAUGACUGCAACAAAUGAGUACGUGGAAAAGUCAAGGGGUAACCCCAGUUCGGCUGCAGCAGCUGCCACGACGCGGCUCGUCUGAGCAUGAUGGGGUGGCUGGUGUCACUGAGGUAUUUUCUUCGUAUACGAAUGACAUCCGCCUGUCCAGGACCUUUGUUUGCGUUGUGUUUUUGGUUAACGUGGUGCUCAUUUGCAGCGAAAGAUAGCAAUCAGCUAUGCGCACCAUGGUUUACCGUGUCUGCGCUUGUAUUAUUAGAUCUAGAAUUGGCCACUUUUUAUCACGAAUCCUCGAGAAAGACACAGCUUCAUCACAACGUGCAUUCUGGCGUCCUAGGCAUACAAGUCAGGACCCAGGUCUCAUUCAUCGAUUCUGGCCCUAUAGCUAUACAGGAUGAUAUAAUUUCAAAGUUGAACAACCAACUCAGCCAUAAUUACAGCCAUAUAGGCC